GCGGUCGCGAAUAAUUUGUAUUAAUAUCCAAAACUAUUGAAUAAAUAAUUACGAAUAGAAAUGAGUGCUAUUAGAAGCUUUUAACUUCCUUGACUUAUGUCGGCUGCAACAUUUAUUUAACAAAUCUUUAUGGCUUUUGCGCGUCGAUGAACAGUUAAGUUCCGCGCAUUAGUUAAAUGUGUAAAGUGAAAUUGUGAAAUACAAGGCUUGUGUUUAAUAUUCUGUUUGUGCUUCCAGAAGACUAAGACGCCACGGAGCGUCUCUGCAGCUAACUGUAAUCUUCUCUAUGUAGCACGCUGUAUGCGGCACAAACAAACACAUACAAUCAAAAUUAUACCCGUGCAUAUAGCGUGUGGUGAAAUUACAACAGUGUGGUGCGUAUAACGCACAUCUAAAGUACAGUCACUAAGCGUGAGUGCAGCGUUGAGAUUAGAGUGCUCUGUGUUCUCUGCACGUCUCGAGGAAUCUGUCCAAUCAAGGCUGUGAGUAGGGGCAUAGCUCGCAUUAGCAAAUAAAAUUCCCCCAUCGGAACAGAAAACUCGAGUGCCAGAACGCAGAUCUUUAAUUACCUGCCUCCGCUUAGAUAUCACCAACCAUGAUCGGGCACGAGCACAACAACACAAAGUGCGGCUAUUGCAAAAAAGAACGUACUAGCACCGGCAUAUCAAGCUGGGUGCAAUGCGAUAUAUGCAAAGCAUGGUAAAAAAAGAAACGGGGUGGGCAUGCCUCCACUGUGAGCUCAACGACAUUCCAUGUUCCCGCGAUGAAACUGAAAAAACCUUCACAGUUUCUAAAAAGAAAUACGAGUCAUGGGUAAUAGUGGAGCUCCUAAUUGACCUGGUAGUAUCGGAAGCGGAUAACGCAACUACACAGGUUUCUACCGUUGUGAGGCCAUCAAAAGGUUUGGCAGUAACACACAACGAAGUCCAGUACUCAUCUGGCACAGCCACACUUAAGCAAAAUACUACAGCUGAUGCUCAACUAGAGAAAAUGGGUUUGAAUGAGGAAAGAUCAACAACCGUAAAUAAUAAUAUGAAUACGGGCGUAUCUAAUAACAUUCUAUUAUUACAGAUGCUAGAAGAGAAUCGAAAUGCUGAACAAAAAUACGAUAUACUUUCACAACAGAGUGGAGCGAGUUCGGAUCUAAUGUCCACAUAUGUGGGUCCUACUAGCGCACAGUUGGCGGCGCGCCAAGUAUUACCAGCGGAUUUGCCAACCUUCAGCGGCAAUCCGGACGAAUGGCCCACCUUUAUCAGUGCGUUCGAGAACAGCAGCGCUGCUGGUGAGAGAAAAACUUCUUUUACCGUCAAUGGUGCCUGAGAAUACAGGCACAUUAAAAACAUUCUUCGGACGCCCGGAACAAAUUAUUGAACGCAUCAUUGAAAAGGCAAAAAAUAUAUACAUACACAAAGACAAGUUGGACUCACUUAUCGACUAUGCAAUAUAAAAUAAUUAUGGAAUUGGCUCUAGUUAUGUUGAGUAUAUACAUACUACAAAUUUGGAGACCGUCGAAAAAACAAAUAUUACAACAUAUCGUAUGUAUGAAAAAAACAACGAAAACUAAAGUUAUUAAUGAAAACCCUAAUGCCAAAU